AUGAAAGUCUAUAUUACCAUAAAGUUUGGUCAAGAUCUUAUUUUUGCCUCUCUUCUCUUCUUCUUGCUUCUCUAUCCUUCUCUUGGUGUUGAUGUUGUUGGUGCUGGUACUGGUGCUGGUGCUUUGAACUCUGCUCUCUUCCCUCCUGCUCCUCCUCCCCCCAACUAUUUUCGCAUUUUUGACCAUUUGGCAAGUCUUUUCUCUGACUCUCACUUCCUCCUGUCUGAUCCUCUCCUUCUAGCUCCCUUCCCUCCUCUUCCCUCAAGAAUUUUCGCAAUUUUCACUAUUUGUUCUCUUGCCUCUUCCUCCUUUAUUAGUUUACAUGUAUUGUAGUAGUUGAAAUAUAAUUUGGAAUUUUCGCUUU